AGGGGGAACUGAAUUCUCCGUAACACCGGCGCUAGGGGGGGGCUGCUACGCCCCCCUCCCCUUGGUGAACCAGCGGUCGGUCCCGAUUUGGGACCCUGGUGACUCCAUCCCACUUUGCCCCCCACUACGACGCACCUGGGUCUUACUACCCCCCCAAGAAAAUCGGUCCAGAACCGGGGCUGUGCUAGACUAUGGUUAGUCAGUAGUACAGUGUGUAAGACUACACUGUUUCAGGGUGUAUGUAGUUGUAGAACGGGUGUGACUCGGUUUUAGGGCGGGGAGAAAUUACAACCAGGUCUGAUCUGCUAGGGAGGCAGUUUUGCAGUGACUGUUGACGGAACACUUGACCAUAUCAUCAUACUUUAUACGGCUGUAUCUGAACCACCACUAUGUUCCUCGCUAAAAGUAUCAUAGGAGGGAUUCUGGAUGUCGUGACUAACAUCGACCCUGGUCAGUUUGCUCCUUCAGCUCCACCUCCUGCCAGAAGACCCACCCAUAACCUUAACGCCGCUGUAAACGAGAGCGAUGAGGACAGGCAGUUUCGCAAAGUUUUCACGCAACUCGCUGGGGAUGACAUGGAAGUUAGUUCUACAGAACUGAUGAACAUUCUUAACAAGAUUGUGAUCAAACACGGUGACCUAAAGACUGAUGGUUUCUCCAUUGAGUCUUGCAGGAGCAUGGUGGCCGUAAUGGAUUCUGACAGCUCUGGAAAGUUGGGCUUUACAGAGUUCAGAUACCUGUGGAACAACAUCAAGAAGUGGCAGGGCAUUUAUAAGAAUUAUGAUUCAGACCGAUCUGGAACGAUUGGGGCCAGUGAGCUGCCAGGCGCAUUCACAGCAGCAGGGUUUCCUCUUAAUGAGCAGCUCUGCCAGAUGAUCAUUCGCAGAUACAGUGAGGAAAAUGGCAACAUGGACUUUGACAACUUCAUUGGCUGUCUAGUGCGACUGGAUGCGAUGUGCCGUGCUUUCAAGACACUUGACAGGAACAACACAGGUUCUGUUAAAGUCAACGUUAAGGAGUGGCUACAGCUGACCAUGUAUUCCUAAAGAGUUACCAGAAAUCUUCAUCAUUUUGGCUAAGCAUGUGAUUAUUUUUUACUAGAUGUUAUUGGCCUAUUGUAAGUAAUGGCCAUCAAUCGUGAAAGUGUCGUUUAUAUCGAGGAAUUGAUUAAACAGCAUGUUAAUGCUAGCAGCAGUAUAAAUGAUGCAGUAUUUUCCCAAGAGAGGGCACAUUUGUGAUUGUAUAAUGCUAAAUAAAAGUGCUUGGUGUUACGCUUUGUAGUUAAACGAGACCAUUCAGCAGCUGUAAAGCUGGGUUAAGGGUUACUGAAGCAUGAGUGCAAUUCAGGACUACAGUGAGUUAAAUGGGAAGUUGGAAAUCUUGUAAACCAAUUGGGCCAUCAGCCCUUAUUUUAAACUGUAAGUAAUUUUAUGCACUGCAUUGUAUUAAACCAAUAAACAUGUUUGCUUAUCGACAA